AUGUUGGCUAUCAUGGAGUUCGAAAAGGAACGGUAAGCAGUUUUUUGGACAACCUUUUUUGAGGGUUGAUUACUGUAGGAUGAUUAACAAAGAAAGCGCUCACUAAAACAUCCAUGAAAUUUGAUACAAUUUUGGAACAAUUUUUUAUGGUGUAUGUAAAAUUCCCGUCUCGAGAUUUGCAGAAAAAACCAAGAUUUUUAGGCCGCAAAUGGCAAAAAUGUGGCUUUUUUCGCUGAUUUUUUCAUAAAAAUUUUUGGACUUGUUUCCAGAGUGAAAUUUUGCCGCAAAAUUUCAAAAUUUUUUGCGAGAAAUCGGCUGAGAUAUCGCCAAAAAGCUUCUUUCUCUCUGCCCACUAUCCGCAUUUUGCGCACUCCCCCCAAAGAUUGUUGUUUUCUUCCGAUCUCCUUGAAAUGCGAAAACCACAACUUUCAGGAAUUCAUAUUCAGCUUAUGCUUGGCUUGUGUACAAAAAAAUAAUCCCUUGCAAAUUGAAGAUAUGUCACCCUUGAAACUUGGUCGAUUUUUUUAUCUUGCAUGUCUUUGCAGCCAAGAAAUUAUGCAAAAUUGGGAGAGUCGACGAAAAAAGUCACUUUCUACUCAUAAAUUCAAAAAAAAAUUUUUGCACAUACGUUGUUUACUCGUGACUUCCUAAAAAUUUCAGUUUACACUUUGCUAGGGCAGCUGAGAAAUGUCAGAAAUUCAAUUAUUGUCCCUAACCGCUCUGCCUAUUUUCGUUAUUUUGCUCAUUUUAUUUUUCGAUCCUUGACCUUUCCGCAAUUUAUACAGCGGUUGCGAUUAUAUUUGCGCAAUUCAAAGUGUUUUCUUCGCUCCUACGUGCCUUCUGCGAAAUUGGUGCACGUCUAAAACAAAUUUACCAGAAAAAACAUAUGUAACCCUUUUUGCGCCCUUCCCGAGAUAGAAACAGUGGCUUCCGGGAAUCUGCACGUUCUCCCAAAAGAAUUUCUAAAUCAAUUUUGAACUUUGACUGGGCAAAGCGAAGCGCGAUGACUGGAAUUUGAGCGGGCGAACAAUGCAACUUUGGGCUUCUUGGAAUCAUAGCAGUCACAAAAUUUUGUUUCAUUUCUUUCCCGGUAUCAGUCUGUCGGGGAAAUAAUGAGCACAAUGUCGCUACGCCGGUCGCGUCACUGAAGGAAAAGCAAUCGGAUUUUGUCGCGAGUCUCUUUUUUUAAAAAGCGGUAAAAAUGCCUUGUUAACUUUGUAGUAACUGUUCAAGCCACUUAUAUACUUCGAAACUUAAUUGGCAGCAUCUAACUGUCAAGUCCAUUGUUUGAAUUCCCUGUUGUAUGCAAAUCUUCGCAUACAACAGUAAAAAAUAUGACAUAAGAUACAACAUAAAACGGCAUGUAACCCAAAUCUUUCAGUCAAAACUGCACCGACUUCGCUGCCUUGGAGGGAAAUGCUGACCCCGAAUGCCCUUGCUACAACUGCCGGAUAGCCAUGGUCUACCUCGCCUUCUUUGUCUCCGUCUUGAUCUUCGCAUUCUUCAGCUAUUUCUGCGUCUUCUGCUCCUGCACGAAUCGAACGGCCAAAUACAAGCGACGGCCGAGGCUGAUUUUCCGCGACGGCGAGCCCAUAAUUUUGAUUGAAAAGGUGUUGCGGACAAGAACGCGGCGGAGAAGUCGAUGGCUUCGGAGGGUCUGCAAGAUCAAGAGGAAUUUGAUGGAACGAUUAAAGAGUGUAGUCCGAGCCGAGAGGAGGAUUGUAGACCGGGAACCGGGGUUCUUGAAAUUCUGA